CAGCUGUGAUGCACGGAACUUCAGAGGCUUGUUCUGCAGUUACGUCUACAGUACAUGCUCAGAAGGAUGACUGGUAUCAGUGAUUGGUGAGAAUAUUUUGUAACGAAACAGUCUUCGGACAUAGAAAAUUAUUCUAUAUUUAGUAGUCGUGUUUGGUGUGGAACACCAUAAGGAGCAUAAAAAGGUUUUAUAUUUUCUACCGAUGUCACGUGUCGCUAUCACACUCUGUGUAAGGCCUAAAUGGCCUUGUGUAUAUCAAUAGAGGUCAAGAGUUCAAAGGCUAAACACAUGUUUUGUCCAUGUAUAGACAUCUGAAUCACUUUAUACAGUACAAGUUAAAUUUUCAUGCAAUCUACAGGUCACCAAAAUUUCACCGAAUGCUACCGAUUUUCAUAAAAAGAACUCCAAAAUACAGCAAAUUAAUGACAUCUUUUUACCAUUAACUGAGUAUUCUGUGCCGAAUUUUAUUUAUGCGCCGAUUUUAUCAAUGAUGUGAGAGUGCUGCACACAAACACUUUCCGCGAGUAUUACCUACACCUGAAAGAUCGGAAUGCAGGCAUGAAAAAAUAAAAACCUCCAGUCUUGUGAGGAGGCUUUGCAUUAGAUAAAUAUUGAAUAACCUAAAUAUUUUAAAUAAAGGCUUACACAAUAUGUUUAUAAUAAAUUCUAUAAAAGUAUGAUGAACAUGAGCUUUUUAUUAUCAUAGGAUGAUGUAAUUUUAUUUCAAAAUAUGUAAUAAGUCUAUGAAUCGAUGACAUAUUGUAGUUAUCGGUAGUUGAGAUUGAUAUAAUUAUGCAUGGGUGCCAUGGUGACGAGGUGUCAACAUUACAUACCCUCCCACCAGACUCCUCUGUACAUAAUCUGCCACAGACUCGUCUCCUCAACCAAGAAUUGGCCUGGUUUAUGUCGGCGUUACAAAAUGUCUACUGAGCUGAAUGUGGAACUAGUCUUCACCAAUUUGUCAAUUCUUUUCCAAUGUUUUAAUUAUUUACAAUUGCUAGCAGCUAUAUAGGUUGGGCCAAAUAAAAUUCCGUUUCUGGUCGUUUCCUCCCUAACCAUUUUUGGACCUGCAUCAAUUUUGUUGUUUUUUUUUUUGUUUUUUUUUGCUAUUUUUAAAAUUUUUGGUUUUUUUGACAUCGAAAAUGCAAAAUUUCAAUUGCUGACACAUUUUAUUAUUUUUAAAAGCAUUUUUAAACACAAAUACCAAGAUAACAGCAAGAGAAGCAAUGACAAAACUAUUGACAAAUUGUUUACAAGGCAUUUUGCUACGCAGAGAACAUUCUUUGGCAUAUUUUGACGAACUGUUAAAAAUAAUGAAUAUCAAAUAUUAUAAGUACCUCCCUCACCAACUUUUUUGAAAAACCCAAGACGGAAAACAAGGAUUGUUUUUGACUUGGCCUUUUAGUUUUAACUUAUAUAUAACCACCCACUGUAAGUUGUGGGGAAAAAAAAACAUGAACUAGUUAUAAUUAUUAAACAAAUGGCAAGGGCCUGCAUACAUAUUUACAAUGAACUGAACAGCUGCUUAAUACAGUAGUGCUACUGUAUAUUCUAAAAAUUAGUACAUACAGACAGUACUGUCCUGUUUCCAUAGCUGGGCCACACUGCCAACAAACCUAUUUUUAACUAUUACUUUUAGUAUAGUACAAUCACAUAGAAGAAAUAUUUUCAAAGUUUUACAACUUUAUUAAAACACAUUGUGGUCGAUUUCCUGAAGAUAUAAGAGAUGACAUGUUCUAAAGAGGACUUGACCCCUCCUAAAAAAAUAUAGGUCUCGGGGCUAGGCUAGGCCCAUUUUGAUGAUGUACUCACAUCUCUUUUCAUCUUCCUCUCUGGUGGCGAUUUUCGUAACCAUCCUUGGUGAACAAUCCCGUCCAACCUGACCAUGGCGACAAUUUUCUUUUCUUACAAAAUGAUGAAUGUGGGGUUUGAAAAACAGAUGUCAAUCCUGUAUAAACUCAAGCAUUAUAAAUCUCACUCGGAAAUCGUUCAAAAACUCAAAAGUAAGAAGUUAUAAUUCCAGUAUGUUACAGUUAAAAUAGUGACUGCACAGCACUACCUUUAUCGCAACGGACGAACCGUAUGUUACGGUUCACUGCAGUAGAUGCAUUCAGCGCAGCCAGCGAGGUCGGGCAAUUGUUUAGUAAGUGAUCACUUCCGUGUUGUUGGUAAACAAGUCUGUGGUGGUGUGAGUAGUGAUUGUGAGACCAAAUUACUGACUACUAUGUAUUUUACAAAUUUAUCUAUUUAAUAAAAUUUGAUGACAUAUAUAAUAUAGCUGUGAAUGUGAUCCUCCAUACCAGAAAAUUAAACAGUCACUGUAGGCCUAGUCAGUAUGAUAGAAUAAUGCAUUCAACAUGCUAAACUAAAACUUCAGAAGGCCAGGAGACGUGUUUUCGCUGCUGGUUUGCCGAAAUAUGGCGACCGUGUGUAUUCCGCGAACGCGAAAGUGUGUACGGAAUGAUUUUGUAGAAACUAAUGAUAAGGACACACACAAAUUUGAUAUACUGUUGGUGUAUGUUACUGUAUAUGUACUGUAGUUAAGUACUAUAAAGUGAAAACAAAAUCGUUCACAUGGUAAGAGAAAUUUUAGAGGAAAUGACGGCCAUUGAAUAUCGACCAAUCAUGAGAAGCGUUUUAUUGAGCCUCAUCGCUAGCUAUUGCACUAAUCAGGAGAGGUAGGUGUAAACAAUGAAAAUGGGCAAGAACAAACCGAUCAUUAAUGCGUUGGUAGGUUAAGCCGAGUCUAAUGUCCGGAAUACCGAUCAGUUGAUAGAUGCUAUUGUACCAGAACACUUCAAAGAUCAGACUAUGGAGGAAAUAAGGAAAUCGGUUGAUACGAACCUACCAACGUGGUAUUGCAAACACUGCACUUUCGAAAAUAAACACAAUUAUUUAGCGUGUGGCAUGUGCCAACAGAUAAAGGACUCACAGCCAAAGAAUCCAGUGGCAUCACAACCAGAGAACCAUGACCCAGAAGAGAUGGAAGUUACCGAAGAAGAGUUAACAGGAAACGAACGCUGGAAUUGUAGACGAUGCACAUUAGAAAAUGAUCAAGAAGCCCGAAGGUGCAGUAUGUGCGAAACACCAAAAGUUAUCACAAUGCCUCGGGUAGAACCGCUACCAUUCCCGGGUGAAAUCAGAGAGGAGAAUGUGGCAACAAAGAAAAAAAGCGGGAAAUCUAAACCGGUGAAAAGCCCUAUCAAAGUUGCGCCUGUUGAGAUAAUUGAUGCGGAUGAUAGUGACGCAAGCUCUGAGAUGGACGUUGAUAACAAUGGAUGGCAAUGUGCGCAUUGUACAUUCUUUAAUAAAACAACAGGUGUAAAAUGCGCAGCUUGCCACUUGGAGAAAGAAAGCGUUGUACAGCUUCAGAAAAAUACUGAUGGUAACCAAGCAAGCACAAGUGCUCAGGCGCCGGGAGAAAUGGUGAUUGAAGUCAACCAAUCGUCUUCCAGUAAUCAAGAUACAAAUAUGAAAAUGGAUAAAUUAGACAAGAGAAAGUCUUUACCUGUGGUUUUAGAUGUUUGUAACCAAGAUGCAAAUAUUAAGACAGAUAAAACAGAUAAAAGAAAAUCUUUACCAGUGGUUGUAGAUAUACCGGUAAUACGUAACGGAACUAUUUCAGAGACAGUAAUAGAAGAGGAAUGGUCUUGUGCAGCCUGCACCUACCAGAAUGAUGUCACUGCAGUAAAAUGUGCCACUUGUUCCGCACCAAGAGAAAGAUUAAGUGGUACCGAAGUCCUUCCAGAAGGCAGACCUCUGGGAAAUCUUAAAGCAGACCGAAUCGGAAGAAGUAAUGCGUUGAAAAAGAAGACAUGGACUUGUGAUACAUGUACGCUUAUAAAUGUUACGGAAUCAAAUGCUUGUAUGGCUUGUAAGAAUCCGCGGUCAGCUGAACCAAAUUGGCAAGUAAGCUCCGGGGUAUUUGCUCCGGGACCAAAUGAGUGGGCGUGCGAACAGUGUACGUACAACAACCCGAAAGUUAUUAACGUCUGCUGUAUGUGCGGCCAUAAUCAUGAGUCUGAAAGCAAGGGAGAGUUGUGGAGUUGUCACAAAUGUGGUCUGAAGAACAGUGCCAAGCACAAGAAAUGCCGUGUGUGCGAAUCACCGCAACAGAAGCAGAAAAUGGCGGUGGCAAAAAAUCCAGGACUGCGAAGACAAAAUAGUAUAAUUCAAGAAUCAAAGAGAAAGUUAGAUGAGGAAUCGGCCCAGGAGAAAUUUGAACAUAUAAGGAACUUCUGUAAAGUGAAUAAAGAACAGUUUGUGGAUGACCAAUUUCCUCCGGCACCUGUGUCUUUAUAUCUCAACCCCGAACAACCAAAGAUGAAGGCACGGUGCACGCAGUGGUUAAGACCUUGCCAGGUGUUGAAUCCAAGGGAAGAAAUGCAAAUACCAUGGACGAUAUUCAAGACACCAAGGCCUUCAGACAUUUCACAAGGAAUCCUCGGAAACUGUUGGUUUUUAAGUGCACUAGCGGUGUUGGCUGAGCAGCCGAAAUUGGUGGAGUAUAUUAUGAUUACGCGUCAAAUGAAUGAUGAAGGCGCGUAUAUGGUUCGCUUGUGCAAAGACGGCGCUUGGGAAACGGUUCUUAUCGAUGACUUACUACCAUGUGAUGUCUACUCAAGGCUUGUUUACUCACAGGCAAAACGAAAACAGUUAUGGGUUCCGUUGAUUGAGAAGGGCCUUGCAAAGCUUCACGGCUGCUACGAGAACCUCAUUGCUGGUCGGUGUGCCGAAGGCCUAGCCCUGCUCACUGGGGCGCCCUGUGAAAGUAUACAAUUACAUGCAAGCGGUUUAAGACCAGAUGAUCCUGCUAUAGACCAGGACUUCAUUUGGGCUCAGUUGCUUAGCUCCAAGGAAGCGGGUUUCCUGAUGGGUGCAUCGUGCGGAAGUGGAAACAUGAAGAUAAAUCCUGAAGAUUAUAAAGCAAUUGGCCUUCGUCCAAGGCAUUCCUACUCACUCCUGGACGUCCAGGAUCUCAACGGCAACAGAUUGGUUCGGCUCCGCAACCCAUGGGGGUCGUAUUCUUGGAAGGGUGAUUGGUCCGACGAGUCACCCCUCUGGACUGAUGAGACGAGGGAGAAGUUCAUGCCACUAGGCGCUGCUGAUGGUAUAUUCUGGAUCUCGUUGGAAGACAUGAUGAAGUAUUUCGACAAUAUAGACAUUUGCAAAGUGCGAAAUGGUUGGUCUGAGGUCCGGUUACCUGGUAUCUUCCCUAACUUCGCUGGAGGACCGAUGGAAGUUACAAUACUCACGAUCGAUAAGCCCACACAAACCGAUUUCACCCUGUACCAGAAAUGGAGACGUGUUGGUGGUGCAGACCGUGAUCCGCUCGACCUCUGCAUUGUCGUCCUCCGAACAUCAGGCCAUACGACCUCGGGAAUGUCAAAGAUCAUGACCUUCAAUAAGCGUCAAAUCAGAGCCUCUGUUGGGUGUUCCACCGUCCUUCAAAAGGGAACGUAUAUAGUGGUUUGCUUGGCUUUUAACCAUUGGACAACCGGAGUGGAUAUGAAAGGUGUACGGAGUCCAGUCCGGAAAUCGGCUUUCCCAUCUUACACCCUGGCCAUACAUAGCAACAGGGCGCUUGUUGCUUCCCUGAUCAACCCUUCCAAGACUUGUCUUGCGGAUGCAGUUCAGUUGCUUGCAGUACAAAAGGGCAAAAGACACGAGGGACGUGAAGGAGUAACGAUCUAUUACUUAGACCAUGGUUGGGCUGGUUUGUUUGUCGUGGCUGAGAAUCGUCACCAUGAUCGGUCUCUUCAUGUCCGCUGCGAUUGUACGGACAGCAUGAAUGUUGUAUCUACCCGAGGACACCUAGUAACCAAGGACAGAGUUCCGCCAUUACACAGACAAGUUCUGAAUGUGCUGACUCAACUUGGAGAAGAUGGAUUCUCUGUGGUCCACCGAACAGCUCAUCGUAUCUCGUUAGGUAAAGACUUGCUGGACUGGGCCGAGCCACGUGUCCAGCAUGUACCCGAAAUAUCAGGUGACGUGUUUGGACUUCAUAGUCCACGUCCCCUGUAGGAAUGGUCUGAGGCAAAAGUUCACGCCCUCUGUUGGAAUGAACAGGGGCAAAAACCAGCAUUGAAACAAUAUGAAUGGGUGGCUGUCAGCAAGUUUAGUGAAACCUGAAACAGUCUUUCUGCUGGUCAGCGCAUGGUUGCUUUUAGGCUGCGGUCACACUAGAGCCUUAAGCCUGGCUUGACUCAGUAUGGCCGAUAUCUGAAGCCUUUCAUGAAAUUUUAAAUGUUCACACUUACCUGGGUUGACCUAGGCUGACCUAAUUCAGAUAGUAGAAAUCCUUGAGCAUAAACAUUGCACUACCAGCUGUGAUUGGUCACAUUUUGAAAUUUUAGUUCAACCCAGGACAACCUGGGUACCUUGCCUCGGUUGAGCUGUCUGGGUUGAGAGCAAUUUCAAGCCAGGAAUGAGUCAACCCAGUUUGGUUCAGACUACUAAUUUCUGUAGUGUGACUGUAACAUAAGUAAUACAAGAGAGUUGCUAAGACCUUCUACCCAUUUUGAAUAACACAUUUUAAGUAUCUUUUAAUACAAUCAAUAUUUAUAUGACAAUAGAGGGAUUCGGCGAUGUUUGUUUACAGAUGGUCACGUGACAUAAGUUGGGUAUACAUG